GGAGUUGUGCUGAACGAAUCGGCUCGCGGUUAAAAAUCAAUAGCACGAGUCGCACGUGUAACUCUGUCCACUGAGUUAAAAGAUGAUACAAAACACACCGGAUACCGAGUGACCGCCAACAGGAAGACGGCACAAGUCCGGACGCCCAGAGAGCUCUGUCCUACACUCACGUGCAGCUGCUGUGCAUAAAUGUAAAAAUGACAUCAUACGCCCGGUACGCAUCACAGCAAGCGUACUCCGCCUAAAGUGUAUUCUUUUCAUAUACUGUAUGUGCGAGCUUCGCUUUCGUGUGCUUAUGGAUUUCGUCAGCUCUUACAAAUUUGGCUGCGGAGGAAUGUUUUGAGGUUUCAGUUUGUCGGGCCACAUGUGCUGGGUUGCGCAAAAAGGUCUUAUGAAAGAGCCUUCUGUACCGCCGUUCUGAGACAUUCCUCCAAGGAUUACGUCAGGAGCAGAGAGGGCUUUACAUAAUUAGUUACGUGAUUUUUUUCCGCAAAGAAGAGGCUUUUAAAAAGGGGCAACUCUUAGAAAUUCAGGGUGUUUCAGAGACGGGGGGGACAAGCGCGGUGCCGUAGCAGAACGAAAGGCAGAAUGGAGACUUCGUACACGUUGCCAGAAGGUUUCACUGAUUUCGAUAUGUUUGCUUUUGGCUCCGUUCUCCUUGUGGAAGGUCUCCUUGGAUUCUUCCUCAACGCUAUGGCGAUCAUCGCUUACCUUUCCGUGAAGGAAUUACGCACUCCAAACAAUUUCUUUGUCUUUAACCUCGCUGUGGCUGAUAUUGGCCUCAAUAUAAAUGGACUUGUUGCUGCAUAUGCAUGCUACCUUAGGCACUGGCCCUACGGCCCUGAAGGAUGUCAGAUCCACGCUUUCCAAGGCAUGGUGGCAGCUCUCGCCAGCAUCACACUCCUCGGUGCCAUUGCCUGGGACAGAUACCACCUGUACUGCACCAAACAGGAGCUUCCUUGGCCGACCGCCGUAACUAUGGUUGUCAUUGUAUGGGUGCUUGCCGUCUUCUGGUCGUCCCUUCCCCUCAAAGGAUGGGGUGUCUAUGAUUUUGAGCCCCUGGGAACCUGUUGUACGCUCGACUACAGCAAGGGUGACAGGAACUAUACAACCUACAUGCUGAGUUUGGUGUUCUUCUUUCUACUCAUCCCAGCCCUCACCAUGCAGUCCUCUUAUGAGUGCAUUUACCGGUACUUCAAAAAGACCAGGAAAUACAAGUUCAACACUAGCUUGCCGUUGUUGACGCUGAUGUUCUGCUGGGGACCCUACAUCCUUCUCUGCCUCUACUCUACCGUCAAGGACGUCACAGUUGUGUCUCCUAAACUGAGGAUGAUGCUGCCUGUUCUGGCGAAAAGCUCUCCAGCGUUCCACUCCAUGCUGUAUGCGUUUGGAAGCGAAAGCUACAGGGCAGGAAUAUGGCAGUUUCUCACUGGCCAGAGGGUCUCGGGGCCCGAAAGUAACAAGAAGAAGUAAACAUCCGCAGUUUUGUACCCAACAUCCCGCGUCCGGUGAGGAAGGAAACAUUCUGGCGGUACAGCUGUUCUCCUGGGUCACGUACGGUCUUCGUCGGGUGUCUCGCAGCAACGAGGAGUUUGCUGCAUGAUUGGUUUAAUUCUUUAACAGUUUCAGUAGCUUCCGCAAAAUAUGGAAAUAUAAGCGUGAGACUUCUGCAUGUGCCAUUUCUGCUCUGGGGUGCGUGCCGGCUUUUCAUCUGGUGCCAUUUUUCGUCAAUUUCGCUGUACAGAUGAGAUGCUUCGGCUGCAGUAACCGCUGUAAAUAAAGAAGUUUCUGUUUCGUCACUUCAUUUUCACUGUUAGAUCACUUUUCAGCGCAACACUUCAAAUUCAGCAGCUUAUCCCAGAACAAGCUUUGGCCCAAAAAUUGUCAACAUUUAAUCUAUCGAUGUAAUUUUGUUGGGUAAAA